AUGGGUCAAAGCUCUUCUACCCCUUUGUCUGUAAUGACUGACCGUGAAGAUUGGGAGAGUCAGAAGAAGAAGCCGAUACUCCAGGAAUCCUCUUUAUAUCCUAGCCUGAUUGACUUAGACACUGAAAUCUCACCUCCCCCAUAUAUGCAGCCACCCUUGCCCCCGCAGGUACCACAGGUGUUGUCCGUAGAACAAAGGAGGGACCCAGAACCCUUGGCUCCGCCAUGGGAAGGGGGGCCGGCCCAAGGAACUCGUGGAAGGACUCAAAGGGGCGGAAACUUGUCUGAGGACAGAAGCCGGGAGGCUCCUUCAUCCACCGUUCGGGCAUUCCCUGUCCGGGUGGGGCCAGCAAAUCCCGGUCUUAUUGAUCUCUUAGAUUCUAUCUUGUUUACUCACAAUCCUACUUGGGAUGAUUGUCAGCAGCUGUUGCAGGUGCUCUUCACCACGGAGGAACGGGAGCGAAAACAUGUUCCAGGAGUGGAUGGAAGACCCAUCACGCAGCCCCACCUAAUCGAGGAGGGGUUUCCUUUGAUGCGACCGAACUGGGAUUUUGAACGCGCUGAAGGUAGGGAGUGUCUCUGAGUGUACCACCAGACUCUGAUGGCUGGCCUCUGGGCAGCCUCCAGGAAACCAACGAAUUUGUCUAAGGUAAAUUUGAUAAGGCAGGAGCCAAAUGAUAGUCCAGCAGCCUUUUUAGAGAGGUUAAUGGAGGCUUUCAGGCAGUAUACGCCCAUGGACCCUCAGGCUGAUGAGUCACAUGCAGCAGUCUUGCUAGCCUUUGUUAAUCAGGCAGCUCCGGAUAUCAGGAGGAAGUUACAGAGGAUAGAGAGGUUGGGAGAACAGUCAAUACAGGAUCUGGUGAGGGCAGCUGAGAAAGUGUUUAAUAACAGAGAGACCCCUGAGGAGAGGGUGGAACGAAUUAGACGGGAGGAAAGGGAAUUUAGAGCUAAGGAAAACUGAAGAAAUCAGAAAGAGCUGGCUCAAAUUAUCUUUGCGGGGAUGAGACUGGGACCUGAUUCCCAGAAGACUCGAGACACCCAGCUGAAAGGGAGGGAGAAACCAGCCAGACCGACCCUAAAGAGAGACCAAUGCGCCUAUUGCAAAGAGCAAGGGCACUGGAAAAAUGAGUGCCCCAAGAGAAACCUGAAAAAAAGGACUGUAAGAAAAGAAGAGUCUCCCUCGGGUACCCACAUUUUAUAUGCAGGAGAAGACAGUGAUUAGGGGGGUCAGGGCCCGGCACCCCUCCCCAAGUCCUGAGUAACUAUUAAUGUGGAGGGGAAACCAGUCGGCUUCAUGGUGGAUACAGGAGCCCAAUACUCGGUCCUCAAUCGAAAAUUCGGGCCGAUGUCCAAGAAGACUAGCUUGGUCCAGGGAGCCACCAGGACAAAAAGAUAUUACUGGACUACUAAACGAAAAGUGGACUUGGGAGCCCAACAGGUGUCCCACUCAUUUCUGGUGAUCCCGGAAUGUCCGGCCCCUUUAUUAGGAAGAGACCUAUUGUCCAAAGUCAAUGCGCAAAUUCACUUUGACUCUGGAGGGAUAUCAGUCACAGACGGGCUUGGACAACCAAUUCAUGUUUUAUCCCUGGCACUGAGAGAUGAAUACAGACUAUAUUCACCAAAACCCAGUAUGCUACAAUGGAUCCAAAAAUACCCUCUGGCCUGGGCCGAGACGGCAGGAGUAGGACUGGCAAAACAAAGACCUCCCAUCAUUGUUGAAUUAAAAGCAAAUGCUACCCCUGUGAAGAUAAAGCAGUACCCCAUGAGUCAGGAGGCCCGGCAAGGAAUCACGCCACACAUACAGCACCUCCUGAAGGUAGGGAUUCUUAAAAAGUGCUGGUCCCCAUGGAAUACUCCCCUGCUGCCUGUGAAAAAGCCCAGGGGAAUGGACUUUAGACCCGUCCAAGAUCUUCGUGAAGUCAACAAACGGGUGAGUGACAUUCGUCCCACUGUCCCUAACCCAUACACCCUCCUGAGCGGCUUGCCACCAGACUACAUCUGGUAUACAAUCUUGGACUUAAAAGGUGCCUUUUUCAGUUUGCCUCUGGCCCCCCAGAGCCAAGAGAUCUUCGCAUUCCAAUGGACUGACGAAGACAGUCAAACUGUAGGACAGCUGACCUGGACUCGCUUGCCACAGGGAUUUAAAAACUCGCCAAUGUUGUUCAACGAGGCUCUAGGCAAGGACUUCUGUGAGUACUGGACUAGUCACCCCAACGUUGUCCUAUUGCGAUAUGUGGAUGAGCUCAUGCUGGCCGCUACCACCAAGGAGGCAUGCCUAGAGGCCACAGGCGACCUCCUUCAGAAUUUGGGGACAUUGGGGUACCAGGCAAGUGCAAAGAAGGCCCAGAUUGCUGAACAGGAAGUCAUUUACUUGGGGUACAAAAUAAAACAGGGGCAAAGAUGGUUGACUCAGGCUAUGAAAGAGACUAUUUUACAGAUCCCCGAGCCAACGACUCCUCGGCAAGUGAGGGAGUUCUUAGGGACUGUUGGGUACUGCAGGCUAUGGAUCCUGGGGUUUGCUGAAAAGGCCCGGCCUCUGUAUGAAGGAAGUAGAGAAAAUAAGAACUGGACUUGGACUGAGCCAAUGAGGCGGGCAUUUCAGGAACUCCAGCAGGCAUUGCUAGAAGCCCCGGCCCUAGCUCUCCCUGACCCGGCUAAGCCAUUUCAGCUGUUUGUGGGUGAAAAGCAGGGAGUGGGAAAGGGAGUCCUGACACAGCAAUGGGGACCUUGGAGGUGGCCUGUGGCAUACCUCUCUAAACGGCUGGACCCAGUAGCUGCUGGAUGGCCGCCCUGUCUCUGUAUCAUCGCAGCCGCUGCUCUCCUUGUCCAUGAUGUUGACAAGUUGACUUAUGGACAGCGCCUCCUGGUCUACACUCCCCAUGCCAUAGAGGGGAUCCUCAAACAGCCACCAGGUAAGUGGAUUUCUAACGCUCGCUUAACCCAUUACCAAGCCCUGCUGUUAGAUGCUCCCUGGAUACACUUUCAGACACCUUGUUUUCUAAAUCCUGCUACUCUCUUGCCCAUCCCGGAGGAGGAUGGGCCUCUCCAUGACUGUGUUGAAGUAUUGGCUGAAGUAACCGCCAUACGAAGAGACCUCAGCGACAUACCAUUAAAGGACAGUGAGCUGAUAUGGUUCACAGAUGGGAGCAGUUAUAUAAAGGAUGGGCAGAGAAAAGCAGGGGCAGCCAUAGUAGAUGACACUGGGAGGGUCGUCUGGGCCGAGGCUUUGCCCCCUGGAACAUCCGCCCAAAAAGCAGAACUGAUAGCUGUGACACCAGCACUAGAGAGGGCGAAAGGAGAAAAGAUCACCAUUUACACUGACAGCCGGGAUGCAUUCGGCACCGUGCAUAUUCAAGGCCCUACAUAUAAAGAACAGGGGUUCUUGACGGCAGAGGGAAAAGAGAUUAAGAACCUACCUGAAAUACGCAGACUCUUGGCAGCGGUCCACUUGCCGCAGGUGGUAUCCAUAGUACAUGUCCCAGGACACCAGAAAGGAGAAGAUGCCAGGGCCCGAGGCAACCAUGCUGCCGAUGCAGCAGCCCGCGAGGUGGCCGCUGGAUACUGCCAAGCUCAUGUGCUGGCUGUAGGAUUACCACCGCCGGGGAUGGGGACUCUCCCCCCAAGCCCUAUAUACUCCCCCUCCGAUUUAAGCUGGAUGCAGGAUAACACCAACCGCCCUGCGGGCAAGGAUGGAUGGUAUCGGGACCAGGAUGACAACCUGUUGCUUCCUGCCGACCUGGGCAGACAUCUCUGUACCCAUUUACAUCAAACCACCCAUUUGGGAGAGAAAGACUCUAGCACUCUUACAGACAGUGCGUCUGCGGUUUCCCCAACAAAAGGCAACCAUACAGGACAUAGUCCACACCUGCAAGGCCUGUCAGAUGAUGAGACCAGAAAAAAGACAGUACACGGGUAUAAGGUCAACGACAUUGGACCUUGGUUGCACUGUAACCACGUGCGCUGUGCCACUCCGGAAGAACAGGAAAAGGCCCAGAGAGAAUGGAAGGUAACACCACAUCCCUCCAACCAUUUAAAGAUGAAGCUCACCCAUCGACAGGACCCAGACGAAUCACCCUGGACCCUCAGAUAG